AUGGCAGUUGGAACAGUACUGAUCACUGGAGGCACCGGCUACAUUGGGUCUUUCACGACUCUGGCCCUUCUCGAACAUGGCUACAAAGUGGUCAUCGUCGACAGUCUGUACAACUCGUCGAAAGUAGCCCUCGAUCGCAUCGAGCUGCUCUGCGGGAAGCGCCCCGACUUCUACGAGGUCGAUGUCACAGAUGAGGAAGGUCUGGAGAAGGUCUUCACCGCACAUCCCGAUAUCGACAGUGUCAUCCACUUCGCGGCGCUCAAGGCCGUGGGCGAGUCCAGCGAGAUCCCUCUCGAAUACUACCGUGUCAAUGUGGGCGGCACCAUCACCCUCCUCCGCAGCAUGACCAAGCACAAUGUGCCCAACAUUGUAUUCUCAUCCUCCGCGACCGUGUACGGCGAUGCGACACGAUUCCCCAACAUGAUUCCCAUCCCUGAACACUGCCCCAUCGGCCCCACCAAUCCCUACGGACGCACCAAGAGCAUGAUCGAGGCUGUCAUCACGGAUCACAUCGAGGCCCAGCGAAACAAUGCGAAGAAGGCAGGCAAGCCAUUCGAGCAAUGGAAUGGUGCUCUGCUGCGAUAUUUCAACCCGGCCGGCUCCCACCCAAGCGGGAUCAUGGGCGAGGAUCCUCUGGGCGUGCCUUUCAACCUUCUGCCAUUGUUAGGCCAGGUUGCUACUGGCCAAAGAGAGAAGCUUCUCGUGUUUGGCGACAACUACAAAUCCAGAGACGGCACAGCGAUCCGCGACUACAUCCACGUCGUUGAUCUCGCCAAGGGCCAUCUGGCGGCUCUGAACCACCUCCGGGAGAAGAAGCCCGGCGUUCGAGCCUGGAACCUGGGCUCCGGACGCGGCUGCACCGUCUUCGAGAUGAUCAACUCUUUCAGCAAGGUCGUCGGCCACCCGCUGAAAUACGAGGUCGUCGGCCAGAGACCCGGCGAUGUCCUGGACCUGACCGCGAACCCCGCCCGCGCGAAUGAGGAGUUGGGCUGGAAGACUGAACUCACCCUGGAGGAUAUCUGCCAGGAUCUCUGGAGAUGGGUUAGCAAUAACCCGAAGGGAUAUCGUCAAGAUCCCCCUGCGGCUUUGGUCGAGGCGGUUAAGGCAGGGAAGAAGGCUUGA